AUGUGUUGUUGGUCAAUUGUUCUUGCAUUUUGGGGUAAUCAGUAUGAUGGAAACUUUUUUGAUGGUUGUGUUAUAGGUGGAGUGCUGGCUCACGCCUUCUAUCCCAUGCCAGAACCGGUUUAUUCCCUUGCUGGUGAUGCACAUUUUGAUGACGAGGAAGAGUGGUGGGAUGGACCGCAUAAAGAGUACCGAGACCUCCUCUCCGUGGCAACUCAUGAGUUGGGUCACAGUAUGGGAUUGGGUCACUCCUCUGUUCACACCUCUGUUAUGUUUCCUUACUAUCUGAGUAAGUGGAAACGUGUAGAACUCGAUCAGGACGACAUUAAUGGCAUGCAAAAGAUUUACGGCGCACCAAAACCGGGCAAAGUACUUCCUGAAAUUCCAGAUCUUCCAGAUAUUCCGUCAAUUCCGGAGACAACAACAGUAAAACCGGAUACAAACAAACACAUUGACUACUGCAACACCAGUGUCGAUGCAAUUAUCGAGGUCCGUGGCUUAGAACUGUACAUAUUCAAAGGCGAGUAUCAAUGGCGUGUCACCUGGUCCAAAACUGUGUCCAACUGGAUCUCAUAUCAAUUGCGUGAUGGACCAACUAAGAUUGCCUACUACUGGAACGUUCUACCUCCAGAUGUGGACUUUAUUGAUGCGGCUGUCGAACGUCCGGACUCAUUGAUCUACAUUUUUCGAGGUAAUAAAUUCUGGCUACUGGCAGACAACAAGAGGCUAGCCGGUGGCUGUCCACGCUCUGGAUUGCCAUUGACAAAGUUAGGCUUGCCAGAGGAUUUACGAAAGGUGGAUGCAGUCUUUAAGUGGGACGUGAACCAAGCCUUCUACAUAUUUGCUGGGGAUGAGUACUGGCUAUUGGAUGUGAAAGCGUCUCCAUCACCAUUCGGAAGAGUAGCUCCCUCACCCGACUAUCCACGACGCAUCAAAGACACAUGGCGUGGAAUACCAACUCCUAUCACCACCGCCUAUACCACACUUAAUGGUGAAACACUCUUCUUUGACGGACCUCAGUACUACGUAUUCGACAAUAUAGCUAUGCAAGCACGAAAGGGAUAUCCAAAACCAGCAAAAUUAGGCAUUAUUGGUUGUCAGGACACCUAG